AUGACAACACUACAAAUCACUUGCAAGAAUGUGGACGCUGCCAUACCUCUACAACAAGCACCAAGAUUGAUUUGGGUCCAAUUGUUACUGGCCCCUCCAAUUUUGCUUGUUCCUGGAUCGGUACAUGGUGUUCCCCACAAGCUAAAGGAGAGGAAAGCCAAACAGGCUUACUACUAUGACAGAGGUGCCAAACAGCUGAACAGAUUGAAACCUGGAGAUGUAGUGUGUGUGAAGCUGAGACCUAACUCAAAGGAGUGGACAAGGGCUGCUGUUGAUAAGGAAGUUGACAUUAGGUCAUAUCAGGUCCGUACAGAAGAUGGUCGUACCUACAGGAGGAACCGAAGACACCUCAGACAGACCAGAGAGCCGUUCCUAAGAGCAAUAUUUGUGGAGUCUUCAACCGACCUUGCACAGCAACAGCAACCAAAAGGAGUAGUCCCCAGUGGCAAUGUUGCUGCUCCGGAAGUACCAACUAGAAAGCCUGCUUCCGAAGUACCACCAACCAGAAAGUCCGUUUCUGAGGUACCAACCAGUUCUUCUGUCAUUCAGCCAGAGUCAACCAGUGUGCGAGCGACUAGAUCCAGUCUCAGUCCCUGCUUCUGGAGUCUCUACCAGUGCGCCAGCAGUGACUGUUACCACCACUAG